AUGUAACCGGCGCCUCCCGGAGCCGAGCGCCAGGGCCCCGGCCACCCGCGGGACAUGGGGGACGAGGACGAGGACGAGGGCUGCGCCGUGGAGCUGCGGAUCACGGAAGCUAACUUAACCGGGCAUGGGGAGAAGGUGAACGUGGAGAACUUCGAGCUGCUCAGGGUGCUGGGCACAGGAGCCUACGGGAAGGUGUUCCUGGUGCGCAAAGCGGGCGGGCACGACGCAGGGAAGCUGUACGCCAUGAAGGUGCUGCGCAAGGCCGCCCUGGUGCAGCGCGCCAAGACGCAGGAGCACACGCGCACCGAGCGCUCCGUGUUGGAGCUGGUGCGACAGGCGCCCUUCUUGGUCACCCUGCACUAUGCCUUCCAGACCGAUGCCAAGCUGCACCUCAUCCUGGACUACGUGAACGGUGGCGAGAUGUUCACGCACCUGUACCAGCGGCAGCACUUCAAGGAGGCCGAGGUGCGCAUAUAUGGCGGCGAGAUCGUGCUGGCCCUGGAACACCUGCACAAGCUUGGUAUCAUCUACCGGGACCUGAAGCUGGAGAACGUGCUGCUGGAUGCCGAGGGCCACAUCGUCCUCACGGACUUCGGGCUCAGCAAGGAGUUCCUCACAGAGGAGAAAGAGCGCACCUUCUCGUUCUGCGGCACCAUUGAGUACAUGGCCCCCGAGAUCAUCCGUAGCAAGUGGGGGCAUGGCAAAGCAGUGGACUGGUGGAGUCUGGGCAUUCUGCUGUUUGAGCUGCUGACGGGGGCGUCGCCCUUCACCCUGGAGGGCGAGAGGAACACUCAGGCCGAAGUGUCUCGACGGAUCCUGAAGUGCUCCCCUCCCUUCCCUCCCCGGAUCGGGCCUGUGGCGCAGGACCUGCUGCAGAGGCUCCUUUGUAAGGACCCCAAGAAGCGACUGGGCGCGGGCCCCCAGGGGGCACAGGACGUCAAGAACCAUCCCUUCUUCCAGGGCCUGGAUUGGGCUGCCCUCGCUGCCAGGAAGAUUCCCGCUCCCUUCAGACCCCAGAUCCGCUCGGAGUUGGAUGUGGGCAACUUUGCGGAGGAAUUUACUCGGCUUGAGCCUGUCUACUCCCCGGCUGGCAGCCCCCCAUCUGGGGACCCUCGUAUCUUCCAGGGCUACUCCUUCGUGGCUCCGUCCAUCCUGUUUGACCAUAACAAUGCCGUGAUGACCGACGUACUGGUGGCCGGCACUGGGGAGCGGCCAGGCCGGGCAGCGGUGGCCAGGAGUGCCAUGAUGCAGGAGUCGCCCUUCUUCCAGCAGUACGAGCUGGACCUGCGGGAGCCCGCGCUGGGCCAGGGCAGCUUCUCGGUGUGUCGCCGCUGCCGCCAGCGCCAGAGUGGCCAGGAGUUUGCCGUCAAGAUCCUCAGCCGCAGGCUGGAGGCCAACACGCAGCGCGAGGUGGCCGCCCUCAAGCUGUGCCAGUCGCACCCCAACGUGGUGAAGUUGCAUGAGGUGCAUCAGGACCAGCUGCACACCUACCUGGUCCUGGAGCUGCUGCGAGGCGGGGAGCUGCUGGAGCACAUCCGCAAGAAGCGGCACUUCAGCGAAUCGGAGGCCAGCCAGAUCCUGCGCAGCCUCGUGUCGGCCGUGAGCUUCAUGCACGAAGAGGCAGGCGUGGUGCACCGUGAUCUCAAGCCCGAGAACAUCCUGUACGCCGACGACACACCCGGGGCCCCGGUGAAGAUCAUCGACUUCGGGUUCGCUCGGCUGCGGCCGCAGAGCCCCGCAGAGCCCAUGCAGACUCCGUGCUUCACGCUGCAGUAUGCGGCCCCCGAGCUGCUGGCACAGCAGGGCUACGACGAGUCCUGCGACCUCUGGAGCCUCGGGGUCAUCCUGUACAUGAUGCUGUCCGGGCAGGUGCCCUUCCAGGGGGCCUCAGGCCAGGGCGGGCAGAGCCGCGCCGAGAUCAUGUGCAAGAUCCGCGAGGGACGCUUCUCCCUGGACGGGGAGGCCUGGCAGGGCGUGUCGGAGGAGGCCAAGGAAGGCUGGUCCCAGGGCCUCCUGACCGUGGACCCUGCCAAGCGGCUGAAGCUCGAGGGGCUGCGGGGCAGCUCGUGGCUGCAGGACGGCAGUGCGCGGUCCUCCCCGCCGCUGCGGACGCCCGACGUGCUGGUCUCGGGGCCCGCCGUGCGCUCUGGCUCAAACGCGACUUUUAUGGCGUUCAACCGCGGCAAGCGCGAGGGCUUCCUGAAGAGCGUGGAGAACGCGCCGCUGGCCAAGCGCAGGAAGCUGAAGCUGCGAAGCGCCGCCACCUCCCGCCGGGUCUCCCCGGUCCCCGCCGCCCCCGGCAGGGCCGCCGCCGAAGGCAGCCCGCGGAGAACCAACGGCCCCCUAUCCCCCUCCUAGCCCCUGCCACUGGGACCCCCAUCCCUCCAGGGGUUGUGAUCAGGCCGGGGGGCCCCAGAGCUGCUCCCCUCCAGCCCCAACACCCCCAAUUCCCUUACUCAACACCCCAGACAGAGCAGAAGUAUUUUUAUAAGCAGAGAAAUUUUUUUAUGUCUUAAUGGAUAGAGUUAGAGAUGCAGGGAGGAAAGGGGCCUGCUGGGGUCUGGGGGGGGCUGCCCAGGAGGUCAGGGCUUUUCCCCCCACGCCCCGUUUCUAAGCACUGCAUUUUGCCACGGGUGGGGGUACUCUCCACUGUCCCCUCUCAAGCUGUCACUUUAUGGACUGUGCAAUUCUGUCCACCAAAGACCUGGGUGGGGAGGGAGGUUCAGAUAGAGACCUUGGGGGAUUCCCCCCCCCCCCAAGCGUCUCUGCCUCACUUUAUGUCUGUCACCUGUUUUCCCCCUGUUUUGGGGUUAAAGAAGGAGGUAGGCGAGCUCCUAAAACAGGGGGAGCCUCCUGUCUCAUCCACCCCUCCUUGGGCACAGCCGACCCGAGUUGGGGUUUGGCAGGGCCUUGGGGGGAGUCUGGGCCGGGCAUUCUCAGUCCCUGCCUCAGCCCAUCCAGGCUGUGCCUUGACUUUAAAAUAAAA